UCCAUAGCUAACAGCGCCUCUAAGGAUGAGGCCAUCUUUGUCAUGCGCAUUGAAAUAGGUCUCGGUAGCAAACACUCUACUUAAGUUCACAUGCGCACUCAAAAGAACGUUAUCAGAGACCGCCUAGCGAAAGUCAGUAUGGAGACGGAAAGAACAGGAGAAAUACGUGUGGUACAAGGGCGCUGUGAGACAAUGUGUCCAGUAGCGGAAAUGCGCCUGCGAGAGCGAGAAGGAUUGCUUCACCCUUUUGAAAUAAUUGCAAGUGAAGAUCAAACCAGGAGGCCAAAGGCAGACCCUCAUAAAAUUGUGAAGUCAUAUUCUCGCCCAGCUGCAGGAAGGUCAGGACCAUCACCAGCAGAUAUACGCCAUCCAUCAGUGCUCCUGAAAACUGUCAAAUACCUCUUCAAGAAAAUUGUGCCACAGACUGAUGUAGACUGGGUACAGGUGUACGAUUUUGUUUUUGACCGACUACGGGCAGUUCGUCAGGAUGCAGUCAUUCAGGGUCUAGAUGGGACAGUUGCCAUUACUCUUUUUGAACACAUAGUAUGCUUUCAUGUAUACGCUGGAUAUCGGCUUUGUGAUGCAGCCCCUGAGGUCUUUGAUCCCAUCAUCAACCAUCAACAUCUGCUCGAAUGCCUUAAGCGCCUUUUGCGGUUAUAUAGCUGCACGCCAGGUCAACAUAACAAUCGCCAUCGCUUUGAGAGCCUAUACUUGUUGCACAAUCUUGGAAGCACAGAGAGUUUGCAUCAUGGGUUGAAUCUACCUCAGAGCAUCAAAAAAACUUUGACAGUUAGCAAAGCAUUGGAACUGAAUUGGGCAUACUUGAAUGGAAACUAUGUUCGCUUUUUCCGAAUUGCUCUUGGUCUUCAGGAUGUCCUUUGUCAGUGUGCCAUUCACAGAUAUUUUCAGCAAGUUCGGCUCCAUGCCCUCCAGGUCAUGAGUGUGGCUUACAGCAGCAAAAACUGUUGCUACCCUCUCCAUUCCUUGGAACACCAGCUGUGUGCAGAGAGAGCUGCUAUUAUAAAACUGGCCCAGCUGUGUGGCAUUUUGGACACCAGCAUGCACUGUGUGCAUAAUAUUCAGUUUCAGCGUGACAAAUUUACUUUGCCAACUACAUCGCUCCAGUGUAUGUGGGCCACUACUUGCUGCUUUAAGAGGGCACAAGAAUGAGAUUUGUGUCCUUUUCCACUUUCAAAUUUUGGGUGAUACUAGUUUACCUUUUCUUGAUUAAUUUCCUUAAGGAUUCUAACCUUUUCUUACCUUUUAACACAAGUACUGUCUCUAAAGGCAAAGUGUAAUGGACAUAUGAAUUUUGGUCUUCAGGUUUUUUAAAAAAAUAUUUCACUCUUUCCAUUUUGUUUUGUUUUUUAAAGUCUUGCUUCAUAUGCAUUCUAGCAGUCACCUAUUUCUAGUCAACAAUUCCUUUGUCGUGCAGGUGUCAAACUGCCACCAGACACAGAUAGAUAACAAAUUAGAGAAGCUGGACAUUGGUGAUCUGCUCUUGGGACAGGGAGAUGAGGCCACAUGAUGAGUUUUCUUGACUUUGCAUCCAAGUUUGAACUUUAAUUCUGUGGUCUCUUGACGACAUAACCAGUAAAGAACUGCACUGAGGCUUUCAACAGACCCUGUGGUGUGCUUUACACAAUUUGUGAAUAUGAAUAUGUUUUGAGUUGGGUUGUGACUUAAGAUUGUUUCACAUCAGGGUGUCAUUUAUGGUAAACAUUUUUUCAAUGACAUGGUUUUUUUUUAAGUGUAAAAUGCUAACACUCCUGUGACAUAAAAUGAACAUAUUCAAUCACAUAUUUGGGUUACAAAGUCAAAGGCACUGCAUAUAUUGACAUUCUGGUCAUACAAAGUGUGAUAUCAUUCAGACACUUAAACUUUAAUAGGCCAUCUUGUACUGAUGCUUUGUUUACAAAAUAUCAAAAAGUAAACAAGCUGUCAAAAGUGCAUGAUCUUCAUAGUGCGAUCCAUUAAUCUGUCUGGCAUCAUUGGUCGCAGAUGACCCAGAACCUGCACAUAGUGGGGUUAUAUCACAACAUGUAGUAAAAUGAGUUAGUUCCCCACAGUUUGUACCAGCAGCUUAUUUUUUUUUUUUUUUUUCAUUUUCAUACUCAUCUCAGUAUGCAAAUGAUUACGAUAGUCCCAGCAAAAAUAGCUAGAAGAGUAGGAGAAAUAAUCAAAUUUUCAACAGCAGUCAAAUAAUA